AUGGGUGCUGGUAUGACUACACUGCCAUCCAGGAAUGGGCUCAUGGAUCUUAACUGGGAGAAUGUGUACCAUGCAGCCAAGACGUCUUCCACCAUGAAACUCCUACGGUUGUUGCAAGACCUAUCGAGCCAGCAUACCGCAGGCGCCUUAGUCAAUGCAGGGCUGGUGCCAGUGGAAGGUGCGUUCAUUGACAUCGAUCCACAAGUCUGGGUGCAGCACGUGUCAAAUGCGGUCGCCAUGAAAGAAGCUGAAGAUAAACACUGUCGCUCCGACACGUGGCAGUUUAUAUCGGAGCUGUUGCACCUUUCGUUGCGGCGCUACGCCAGCUUGCCGUUUCAAGGAGCUGUCUUGGGCAUGAGCCCAGCCGAGCGGAAGCUGUCCUUCUCCAGGCGUCUGGCCCUCUUCCGAUCUUUGCUUGCUAUUUCUGGGUUUCGCGUUAUGGCAGGGGAAGCCAGACUCCAGGAUACAUGGGACACCUGUGCGCGCAGCGUGACGCGGGAUGACACUCGCUUCCUGUGCUGGCUUCUCGUCUGCGCCGGGGCGAACACAGAGCCCGACGACAUGUCAGCAGCACCAGACGUGGUACGUACAGCCCAGCGUGUGAUCGAGUCCCAGCAAAAGAUGUGGGCACAUACUCUUUGUGGACCACGUGGUGGUGCCGUCCGGCUUCCACGGCGAAUUGCUUCCUUGGUGAUUGGAUUUCUGGGCGCACCCUGCUUGAUGCAAAGCAGAGAACCUGCGAUUCGAAGACAGCCUUGCACUCUGUUGUAG